GUUCUACUUGCUGAGCUGCAUCAAGGAUGUUCCCACCCUUAGAGGGGAUAACUACACAGAAUGGAGGAAGAAGGUGGAUUUCGCCUUCGUCUGUGCUGAGGUGGACUGGGUGGUUGACACACCGCAGCCCAUCAAGCCUACUGACCCCGUCAGAGCUGACGGGGAUACUGAUGAUGCAUGGGCUAAAAAGAAUAGGGACCAUGUUCCUGUGGAGAUGUCCUACACUCUAGAGAACAGAAAGUGGCAGACUGCCCAACAAAAAGUGCAUGGCAUUUAUAAAGAAUACAAUUGAGAACGCCAUUGUGGGCUCAAUUACAGAGUGUGCUUCCGCUGGGGAGUACCUAGAAAAGAUAAAGAGCCAGUUCACUGGUUCUUCAAAGACAUAUGCAACCCAGCUGUUGAAGCAGCUGGUGACAGAAAAGUAUACUGGAGGUGCACAUGGCAUCAGGGAGCACAUCCUCAGGAUGAGCAACCUGGCUGCAAAGCUGAAGCCCAUGGAUGCUGACCUGGAGCUAAAGCCUGCACUUCUGGUUCACUUGGUGAUGGCUUCAUUGCCACAACAGUUUGACUACUUUGUCAUCAAUUACAACAUGAGUCCUAAGAAAUGGGACAUUGAAAAGACCAUUGCCAUGUGUGUGCAAGAGAAGGACAGACUCAAGGCACAAAAUGGAGGUACCAUCAAUUAUGUGAAGGACAAUAAGAAAAAGGCCCUUCACACCAAGCAACAAUGGUUCUCCUUCAAAGCCAUAUGCAAAAGCCCCAAUGCAGCAUCAGAAGUUCCAGCACAGGCAACUGCCAGUGAACAAAGAUCAGUGCCUUCAUUGUCAGAAGACUGGGCACUACAAGAAAGACUGUCCAGAUUGGCUGAAAGAAUUAAUGGCAAAGAAAGGGAUUCCAUUCGACGAGGACUAUGAAAAGAGGCGAAGGAUGCGUUGAAGUCGCGAAUGGAAUUCAAGCAGAAGUUGAAGCUGUUGGCGACGUCCUCUUGGAGCUAGCUGAUGGCUUGACUAUUCUGCUUAGAGAUGUCUUAUUUGUUCCUUCCAUACAUAGAAAUUUAAUAAGUGUAUCGCGCUUAGAUAAAGACAGUUAUCAAUGUUAUUUUGGACAUGGCAAAUGUGCCAUAUGGUGUAAUAAUUCUUAUGUUGGGGUUGCUAUACUCCAUGAUGAGCUUUAUUUAUUGUCCUUGCGUGAAAAAGUAUUGUCUGUGUGUAAAGUGAAUGAACAAAUACCCUCGUCGGAAAAAGAAGGAAAGAAAAG